AUGAAGGUUGAAGAAACCGAAAUGAAAAGUCGAUUUUCAUGGCGUAUCAGUUUCAUGUCGAAACGACCGGGUUGUUACCAAUUACUUUUACUGCGAAAGUAUUGUAGUCAAUGGGAUGGGAAUAAAAAAUGGGAUUGUCUUUGCGACGGCCCCGUUGGCUUCUGGAAGGGUGCGGGGGGCGGGGGACGAGUCACUUGUUGCAUGAAGGCGGGGCGGAGACGCCCAACGCCCAUCGCACCACGUGUAGUGAAACUUCAGAAAACCCUGAACAUGUUGUUGUUAGUUGACGAUGUUGGACUAUCAUGGUUAGAUUAA